GGCGGGUGGUUCCGGCGCCCGCGCUGAGCGGCUACGAGGGGCGGGGACCCGAGUGGCCCGCGCGUCUGCCCUCAGUGAGGCGGGGCACGCGGCGGACGCCCCCGGGCAGGGGCGGGAGCGGUGGAGGCGCCACUGGCCCGAGCUGAAAGGGGUGGUGGAGCGUGCUGCUCCGAUCUCUAGGCGAGGCUUGGCCUCCGGUGCCGAGACGGGGCGAAGCGGCGGCAGCGGCGGCCCUCGGGCCGGCUGGUGAGGCGAUGGCGGCGCCGGGCCCGGGGGCUGGAGCAGCUUCGGGCGGCGCUGGCUGCGGGGGCGCUGGUGCGGGCGCGGGUGCGGGGUCCUCCGGGGCCGGCGGCCGACUGCCCAGCCGGGUGCUGGAGUUGGUGUUCUCCUACCUGGAGCUGUCCGAGCUGCGGAGCUGCGCCCUGGUGUGCAAGCACUGGUACCGCUGCCUCCACGGCGACGAGAACAGCGAGGUGUGGCGGAGCCUGUGCGCCCGCAGCCUGGCAGAAGAGGCUCUGCGCACGGACAUCCUCUGCAACCUGCCCAGCUACAAGGCCAAGGUACGUGCUUUCCAACAUGCCUUCAGCACAAAUGACUGCUCCAGGAAUGUCUAUAUCAAGAAGAAUGGCUUUACAUUACAUCGGAACCCCAUCGCUCAGAGCACCGAUGGUGCAAGGACCAAGAUUGGUUUCAGUGAGGGCCGCCACGCCUGGGAAGUAUGGUGGGAGGGCCCUUUGGGCACUGUGGCAGUGAUAGGAAUUGCUACGAAACGGGCCCCUAUGCAGUGCCAAGGUUAUGUGGCAUUGCUGGGCAGUGAUGACCAGAGCUGGGGCUGGAAUCUGGUGGACAAUAAUCUGCUACAUAAUGGAGAAGUCAAUGGCAGUUUUCCACAGUGCAACAACGCACCAAAGUAUCAGAUAGGAGAGAGAAUCCGAGUCAUCUUGGACAUGGAAGAUAAGACUUUAGCUUUUGAGCGUGGGUAUGAGUUCCUGGGGGUUGCCUUUCGAGGACUUCCGAAGGUCUGCUUGUACCCAGCAGUGUCUGCUGUAUAUGGCAACACAGAAGUGACUUUGGUUUAUCUUGGAAAACCUCUGGAUGGAUGACAGUGGCUUUCGAGGAAGAAGGACAGUGGAGAAGAGAUCUACUUGUGGAAAGUAGAACCAUGACGUGAUAGUAUCAUGUGUGCAUGCCCAAGAAACAUCCUGAGAACACAUGGAGUUGAGAGCUGGAGAAGAAGCAGCUGGACAACAGAGACGAUCUUAGUAGUGUUUUCCUCUUUCCACUGGGCCAGAAAAAUCCUCAGGGUUGCAGUUGGUUAAGUGGGCAGUUGACAUAUGCAUGUUGCCACAGAUUCUUCUCUACGUUAGCAGUGUGUUACUUCCAGCUUAAAGGUGAGGUGUAGAGGUGCUGCAGAAGGAAACUGCAGGAUUUAUGUAGUGUGUACGAAUGAAGGUCAGUCCCAUCUUACAACUGCCUGUUCUUCCUCCAGUCCCUUUACUUCUAGCCAGCUUGACUUAGAACGUAUGAAACUGGCUGGGUUUAUUUAAUAUUUUUAAUAUAUUGAGAAGCAUGGUCUGCCUGGACUGCACUUCUCCAGCAAUGAGAAAUAAAAUUGUGCAGCUAUUUUAAAAGUUGUAUAUAUAAUGUGUGUAAAAACUGUAAAAAAAAAAAAAAAAAGAAGAAGAAAAAAAGAAAAAAAGGACAAAGGGAUUGCUUUGUUCUAAUUCAGUUUCUUAAAAAUCACUACAUGGUACAAAAUUAGAGUGACAUUUGGGGACAGUAGGGUAAUACUAAGAAGAGGAGGAGACAUGUACUAGCUCAUGUGUUUGGGGCUUAUAGUCCACGGCUGUAACAGAAUUAUGGUGAAGGUUCCUCGGUUGGCCAAGGACUGGGGAAAUAGAUCUACUUAUAAUUAUGCAUAUGCCAGCAAGGCUGGUUCAGACGUAAUAGGAACGUGCGUCUCUUGGCGUCUGUCUUUAGUUUUUGCCCUUCUGAGAAAACUGGUCUCCACACAGAGCAGUCCCAGCUGCUCUUAGAGCACUCCAUAUGAGCGCUAUUAGUAUAAACCCUAGAACACAUGGUCAACGGUUCUUUUAUUUCCUAACUUUAUAAUGCUGUAGAUGUUAUGAAGAAUUUUUAAUUUCAUAUUGUUUACAUUAUACAACAAUCAGAAGCCUCAAAGUCUCCACUGGGGCUGUCAACAAAAUGUUUACUCACCCAUUUGAAACAGCGCCAGCCUGAACCCUGGUGAAGAGUGUUCUUAAUCACCUAGGUAUUGCCCCAUGGGCUUAAUGCUGAAAACCUAGGUUGGCAACAAUUGGAAAGUUUCAUUGGAAAGAGUUGGACAUUAUUUCCUAUUUUGACCCAUAAACCUUCUCACUAAUACUCUCUGGAAUUUAUAAUUCAACACUUGAGCUGAGGGCUUUGUUUUUUCUUUUGUUACAACAGAAACAUCUUUCUCUAUGAAAGUAUAGUUAAUAUGGUUCAGAUACAUAAGAAUUGAUGAAGGCAAGUAAAAUAUUUGUACUUUUUACAUGAUUGCUGUAUGUAUAUUUUGUUUUACAUCUAAUAAAAUUAGGGACAGUAAGCAGCUUGCUGGGGUUCUGGGAGUCCUUGAAAGUUAAAUCUGUCAGUACUUCUCUGAAUCAGGCGGCUUCAGCCAUGGAACAGGUCUGUAGUUGCCUCCUGAAAGGGUUACAGGUAUUUGUAUUUGCUUGAAAAAGAGAAAGUUGUCAAAGAUUUUUUUUUAUAAUCUGUAUCAAGAAGAAACCUUGUACAAAAUGGAAUUAUGUGUUAAACUCACUAGGGAAGAUAGCUGGCCCAGGAAAUGUUUUGUUUUUUUGUUUUUGUUUUUUGUUUUUCUUGUCUCAAACAACUCAAUUUGGUGGUGUGUAAAAUUUGAUUGAAGACCUGGCUAAGGAUGAAGGCUGAAUAGUUAAAAGCUGGUAGCUGUACUGGCUGCAUCUUCAGGAGCAAUUCCGGAGCCUCUCAUGGGUUUGGCUUGUAACUUUGUUUCUGUCUUGUCAUAAAUGUUCAUUUGUAACAAAGUUUUGAAGGUGCUGACUGGAAAACAAAAUCAUAUGGUUAUUCAUUCCUUACUGAACCAAAAAUCAGGAGAUUCCUGUAUUUUACACCAAGCCAUUCUUUCUGUGGUUUGUUUUUGAUCUUUAAAGACUGGUUCUCGCUAUGUAGCUCAGGCUAUCCUUGAACGCAUUCCCUGCCUCAGCCUCCCCACCUGGAAUACAGGUGUGUGCCACCAUUCCCAGAACAAGCCAUCUAAGCUCAUAGAAUUGACUGUUCCUAGUUAGGAUAGCACCGGAGGACAGAGAGCCUUCAUUUAUAGCUGGAUCUGUUUGUUACUAGAGACCAGUAUGGCUGUCAGACCGUUAAGGCAGACUGCUCAGUGUUGAAGGCGGUCAUGUUUCCACUGGUCUCAGAAAGCACGGAGAAGAUGACAGUUGUAUCUGAAGACAGGGUGUAGCACCUAAAUCAGUGCUGCCCCAGCUUGGCUGGAGUUUGGAGGGGCUAAAAAGAACUAUUUAAGCUCCGGCCCCAUAAUUCUGGUUCUGGUGUUGGGAUAUGUUCUGAUUUAAAAAUGCCCUGCUGGUUGGCGAGUGCUGCAGCGGUUGAGAGCAGUUGUGCAAGAUUUCACCUAGAGUUUUCUCAUCUACAAAGUAGGAGAUCCUUACAGAGGGAAGAAGAGAAAACACCGAGUGCAGUGUUGUGGGUGGAGAGGUCUGCUGUAUCUCAGCUGUAGCUGUGAUCAGGAAAACAUAGGUAAUUGAAUUUGUUGUUGCUGUGGGGAGCCCUUGUGUUGUUCUCUGAGGAAGCAUGUGUGGGUGGACGAAGGUUAAUUACUGUUACUCGUGUUCACUGUGGUCUUCUGUCCUAACUGAGAUAGGCUGUUACAGUUACCUUGUUCAUAGGAAAGAAGAAAUAUUAAGGCUUAAUUCUGUAAUGUUCAUUGGCUCAUAAUUCAUUAAAAAUUCAUA